AUGACCCUAAAAACAUCAUAUAAAUCCCGGUCAUCACCUGCCAAGGUGGUUCAAGACAAAAAAGAAAAAAGCAAAGAAGUGGUUGAAGAGUUGGGGGAACCAUCUGGGGAAUGUGCAUCCAUUACAGGAGGGUUCGGCGGUGAAGAACUUUCUAGUAAGGCCAGAAAAACAUAUGUUGCGGCGGUCCAUUCUGUGCACAAAACAUAUGAGGGAGCGUGUUGGUUGAAUCACUCUCCAAUCACGUUUACUCAGCAGGAUUUUGCACAUGUAAUUCCACAUGAUAAUGAUCGCAUUGUGGUAACAAUCAGGGUCAACAAUUACAAAACUAAGAAAGUGUUCUUGGACCAAGGAUCUUCCGCAGACAUCAUCUAUGGCGAUGCAUUCAAUCGGCUAGGGCUUAAGGAGUCAAAUUUGAAGCCAUAUCCUGGAACUUUGGUCGGUUUCACGGGCGAUCGAGUAAAUGUAAGGGGAUAUGUGGAAAUCCCAACUGUUUUUGGCGAGGGGGAAUUUGUUAAAAAAUUCCAAGUCAAGUACCUUGUCCUUGCGUGUCGUGCAAACUAUAAUGCAUUGCUCGGCCGUGAUACACUCAACAAAUUGUGUGCAGUAAUUUCCACUACCCACUUGACCAUUAAGUAUCAGGUGUGCAAUGGCAAAAUUGGGAUCUUGCGCGUAGACCAGGAAGCGGCGAGGGAUUGUUACCUCAAUAGUGUGGCUCUCUAUGGACGGAAGGCUGCCAAAGAAAGUCACAGAAUCACUGAAAUGUUUCCUCAUGAAGGCUUCACUUUGGAUCCAAGGGACGAUACCGAAGAUCUUCGCCCUCAGCCCAUUGAAGAAACAAAAGCGGCAAAGGUUAAAGACAAGGUGCUAAAAAUCAGAAGCGGAUUGUCUGGAGAGCAGGAGGCUCGAUUGAUCGCCUUGUUAGGAGAGAACCUAGAUUUAUUCGCUUGGGCGAUUAAAGACGUUCCGGGAAUUGACCCGAAUAUAAUCACGCACAAGUUGGCCAUUCGCCCUGGGGCGAAGCCUGUUGUUCAGGCAAGUAGGCGGAUGGGCGAGGAAAAUGACAAAGCAAUGCAAGUGGAAACACGAAAGUUAAUUGAAGCUCAAUUUAUUCGAGAAGUACAAUAUCCGACUUGGCUGGCAAACGUGGUCAUGGUACGAAAGGCCAAUGGAAAAUGGAGAAUGUGUACAGAUUACACGAGUUUGAACAAAGUGUGCCCAAAAGAUUCUUACCCACUUCCAAAUGUUGACAAGUUGGUAGAUGGAGCUUCAGGAAAUGAACUUUUAAGUCUCAUGGACGCCUACUCAGGUUAUAACCAAAUCAUGAUGCACCGCCCGGAUGAAGAAAGCACGGCGUUUAUGACAAAUCAGACUAACUACUGCUAUAGAACUAUGCCAUUUGGUCUGAAGAAUGCAGGAGCCACUUACCAGCGCCUAAUGGACAAAAAAUUUGCAAAUCAAGUGGGGCGAAAUAUGGAAGUGUAUGUAGAUGAUAUGAUUGUAAAGUUGGCCAUGGCGACAAAACAUUGCGACGACUUGAAGAAAGCAUUUGCUCAGUUAAGGAAGUAUAGCAUGAGAUUAAAUCCUGAAAAAUGUUCUUUUGGAAUUCAAGGAGGAAAGUUCCUAGGAUUUAUGAUCACAUCUAGAGGAAUUGAAGUAAAUCCAGACAAAUGCAAGGCUAUCCUAGAAAUGAAGAGCCCCCUACCAGUGUUCGUGAAGUGCAACGACUAA